GAUCUUCAGAAGGGACAGACACCAUGCAGUAGUACUGUAGCGGCACAAGGGAAAUGGUUUACUUCAGGGAUUGAACAAUGUUGAACUGAAGAAUAAGAACAUGAGACGUCAUUCCCUUUUCUCUCGUCCCCCCCGUCCUGCCGGUCAUCGCCACUGUGACAGCUGCUACAGCCGGCGGUGUAAGGCCCCCGUGGAGAUCUCCGUGUCUUGUGUGCUCAUCCCCUGCCGCCUUUUGUGUGGAGCCCUGUUCCACAUGUGCAAAGAGGAGGAGCAUGCGCUCCUCUGCCCCAAUGAGAAGGUGCCAUGCCUCAACGCCGCCUUCGGCUGUCCAAUCAUCAUGCCCCGUUCCUGGCAGGCGGGCCACCUGCAGGUCUGUCCCGCCAGUGUGGUGUGCUGCUCAAUGGAGUGGAUCCGCUGGCCAGCCGAUGAAGCCUACGCAAACACACACCCCGACAUCCACGCACACACACACACCCUUCAUGAGAACCUGCUGAAGGAGCAGAAGGCAGGAGAACAGUUGGACCUGGCCAUGGCCCUGGAUGAUCAGAAACACCUAUACGCCCGUAUGAAGAUGAAGACUCUCUACCCAGAGAUGAUAGUGAAGGUGGAGGGAGAGGAAGAGGAGAAGAAAGAAGAUAAGAAAAAGGAGAAGACAGAAGACUGGGCCACAGUGCGUCUAUGUAAUGGGGCCUCUACCCUCUGUACGGCUGCUGAUGAUGGGUGGAGUGAAGAUAGGCCAUAUCAUAUCCUAUCUGGCGUUCCAGAAACAGCCGUGACAGACCUUUCAGACUUCUCUUUGGAGAAGGAGGAGGGAGAUGUGGGUGUGGAGGAACCAGGGGGAGACAUCAGCUCUGACAGAUACAACAGGUAUGAGAGGAUGUUCAAUAUGGAUAAAGGAGGCUGUAAUGUGGACACCAAAAACAGCCGGGGCCGAGAAGGGAAGGAGUGGAACCAUUGGAUGGAGUUGGAGGAGCAGUCGUGCAGAGAGAAGAAGGAGAGAAGAGAUGCAGAAGAGUUGAUGGGCGCUCUGCAAGCUCCAGGAGCUCCAGAGGGACCAAGGGGGACCGAGGCCAACCGUAAUGCCACAGGGAUUACAGGUAUGGCCCCGUGGCAGGACGGGGUCCUGCAGCGCAUGGCCAAGGAGGUCACCCCCCAGGAAUUCAACAUGUACCUGGUGCACCACGGACGCAUGCUGCUCACCUUUGGCCAGAUGGAUGCCUGCACGCCACGGGAAAAAGACUUUGUCUACGGAAACAUAGAGCCCAUCCCUGUUCAGUCACUGUACUCCUUCAAGGUUCCUGUCAGCUACCGUGAGAAGCAGCGUAGUGUCCACUACUAUGACGCAUCAGCCCGUGCUGAGAGUACCUGGGCCUGUGUGGAUACGUCUGACCUGGGGGCAUUAAAGGAGUCCUGGUGGACGGACGAGGCUGACAGCACACUACUGGGAUACGCAGAGAGAGAGGUCAUGGGGCAUCAGAUCAGUGAGGAGCGUGGACAGGACGGGCUUUAUGUGGACAUGGGGAUGCAGACCCACUCCUUCAAGACGGCACCGUUCGGACGAGACACGACGUUAGCAGACCUGACAAGGGACAGGCCUCUGAAGCUCCGCCUCCAGCUGCAUGCGGACAGCACCUCCAGCCGACACAACAAGGCUAGCUCUGCCUUCACCUUCCUCUGUGGACACUCCUUCCAACGAAGGGAAUUCCCCAAACACUUCAGGAACGUGCACACAGACAUUCAGACAUGUGCUAGUGGCUGGUUUGAGCAGAGGUGUCCCCUGUCCUACUUGGGCUGCACCUACAGCCAGAGAAGGUUGGAGCCUUUCAAACAACCUGCCACGGUCACCUACAACCAGGAACUGAGCAUCUUCAACCUCCGACCCACCGUCCCAGCUUCUCAAGGGGAGGGACCAGAGCCCCUUAAAUCCUCCAAGUCGCAGUCUGCUCCAGAACCUGUCGGAACCCCCAGGAGGAGGCGGUCGAGGGGAAAAGGGGACUGCGAUUCUCUGAGUGCUUUGCCAUCCGAGGUGCUGUGCCACAUGGCCAGCUUCCUGGACAGCCUGUCCCUGUCCCAACUGGCCCUUGUGUCCCGCCUCAUGAGAGAGGUAUGUUCCUCUCUGCUGCAGGACAGGGGGAUGGUGUCCCUCCUCUGGGAAAAGAAGACCUACAAGUCUGGUGUGGCCAAAUGGAAGGCCAAAACGGUGUGGGAGUUCAGUCAUCUGUUCUCUACAGUAGAUUUGUGGCGUUUUAUAGACAACGUGCCGUCCAUGUCGGAGCACCUGAAGGUUUGUCCCUACUACCAGACCUGGGUACCACCCCAGCCGGUGGCCCUGCCCAGCAUGAGUCAUCUACAGGGUGGAACACAGGAGCAGGACAACCAGCAGAGACAGAGCCUGGUUGCUCAGUUCAUGGGCAACAGAUAGCAGGGAAAAAUAGUAUUCUGAUGAUCCUACCUGACAGUCAGUGCUGGCUGGUGGCACUUCAAAUCUGAGGAUGUGCUGACAGUAAUGGCUGGAAUGGAAUAAACGGAAUGGUUUCCAUGUGUUUGAUACAAUUCCAUCAACUCCUUUCAAGCCAUUAUUAUGAGCCAGCCUCCCCUCACCCGCCUCCUCUGCUGACAGUCCACCCUUGAAGCAUGAAUAGAACAAAUAGAACAAACUAUGUGCUAGACAUUUUCACCUACAGAGAAUUCAGUUAAAAAGUGUGUGUUAAUUACUAAUGCCUUUAUUACUAAAAGGUUACUUGCUAUCUCACAGUUGGAUUUACCAGAAUCUCGAAGCAGCUCGAAAGAACCAAUCACACACGUCUCUAGGAGACAGACAGGUCGAGUGACUACCUCCCCUCAUACUAAAGAGCCAUUUGCUUAAUCUCUGAUCAUUCUCGAGCAUGCCGAACUUCCUCACACUCUUGCAAGUAGGGGAAUGUGGUGAGAUAUCCCACUCAUAAUAUCAGAGAACAUGGGUAACACAAGUAACCUUAAGUUAUUUUUCAAUCAUUUGUUUCAAUAUCUCACAAAAGUCACAAUCUCCAAGGUGAGACAAUUGUAUUGCCGCUGACCUUAUGCAUAAAGGCAGGGUUGGAUAAGAAGGUAAACUGGGCAAACUGUAGGCACAAAUGGUGAACUGGCAGUGCAUCUAGUUCACUCACUCACUUUGUAAAUAAGGGCACCAGUGAAGCAGUCUUAAAGGGGGCUUAUUUUGACCACAAGUUCUCAAUGGGAUUAAGGUCCGGGGAGUUCCCUGGCCAUGGCCCCAAAAUAUCACUGUUUUGUUCCCUGAAACACUUAGUUAUCACUUUUGCCUUUAUGUCAAGGUGCUCCAUCAUGCUGGAAAAGGCGUUGUUUGUCACCAAACUGUUCCUGGGUGGUUGGGAGAAGUUGCUCUCGAAGGAUGUGUUGGUACCAUUCUUUAUUCAUGGCUGUGUUCUUAGGCAAAAUUGUGAGUGAGCCUACUCCCUUGGCUGAGAAGCAACCCCACACAUGAAUGGCCUCAGGUGCUUUACUGUUGGCAUGACACAGGACUGAUGGUAGUGUUCACCUUGUCUUCUCCGGACAAGCUUUUUUCCGGAUGCCCCAAACAAUCGGAAAGGGGAUUCAUCAGAGAAAAGGACUUUACCCCAUUCCUCAGCAGUUCGAUCCCUGUACUUUUUGCAGAAUAUCAGUCUGUCCCUGAUGUUUUUCCUGGAGAGAAGUGGCUUCUUUGCUGCCCUUCUUGACACCAGGCCAUCCUCCAAAAGUCUUUGCCUCACUGUGCAUGCAAAUGCAAUCACACCUGCCUGCUGCCAUUCCUGAGCAAGCACUGUACUGGUGGUGCCCCGAUCCCGCAGCUGAAUCACCUUUAGGAGACAGUCCAGGAGCUGGACUUUCUUGGGUGCCCUGAAGCCUUCUUCACAACAAUUGAACCGCUCUUCUUGAAGCUCUUGAUGAUCCGAUAAAUGGUUGAUUUAGGUGCAAUCUUACUGGCAGCAAUAUCCUUGCCUGUGAAGCCCUUUUUUUGCAAAGCAAACCAUGAUUGACAGAGGAAGAACAAUGAUCUAAGCACCACCCUCCUUUUGAAGCUUCUAGUCUGUUAUUUGAACUCAAUUAACGAGAGAAUCACUGCGAUGAUGUCAGCUGGUCCUUUUGUGGCAGGGCUGAAAUGCAGUGGAAAUGUUUUUGGGGGAUUCAGUACAUUUGCAUGGCAAAGAGGGACUUUGCAAUUAAUUGCAAUUCAUCUGAUCACUUUUCAUAACAUUCUGGAGUAUAUGCAAAUUGCCAUCUAUCAAACUGAGGCAGCAGACUUUGUGAAAAUUAAUAUUUGUGUCAUUCUCAAAACUUUUGGCCACGACUGUAGAUAUUGUCAUUGUUCAAUAGAGCAAUUGGAUGUCUUUCAGCGAUGUUCCUACUGGUGCAUUCAUUGCUAAAUAUACAAGCAAAUACAUUUUUUCCAGUCUCUGAAAAACUACAACUUGGGCGGUGCAUAGUGCUGCAGCUUGCUAUUUCGUAGCUAGCCACACCAACAACUAAAAAGAGAAGAGCUUUUACAAUCAAGAUACAAAGAUCUCCAAUUGUUGAUCUCUAUUAGACUGGCUAGCCAAGCAUACCUAACAUGGAUAUUUCAAUAUUGUUAGCUUGCUGUUAGCUAACUAGCAUCACUAAUUUGGCAGCAAGAUUGAUAGCUAGCUGAGGCAGCAGGGUAGCAUAGUGGUUAGAGGGUUGGACGUUCAAAUCCCUGAGCUGACAAGGUACAAAUCUGUUGUGGUUUGCCCCUGAACAGGCAGUUAACCCACUGUUCCUAGGCCGUCAUUGAAAAUAAGAUUUUGUUCUUAAUUGACUUGCCUAAAAUGCCUUACAUUUAAUCCCACUAAAAAAUCCAUGUCUUAGGUCAGUUAGGAUCACCACUUUUGUUUAAGAAUGUAAAAUGUCAGUGGGUCAGAAGUUUACAUACACUCAAUUAGUAUUUGGUAGCAUUGCCUUGAAAUUGUUUAACUUAGGUCAAACGUUUUGGGUAGCCUUCCACAAGCUUCCCACAAUAAGUUGGGUGAAUUUUGGCCCAUUCCUCCUGACAGAGCUUGUGUAGGCCUCCUUGCUAGCACAGCCUUUUUCAAUUCAGCCCACACAUUUUCUAUAGGAUUGAGGUCAGGGCUUUGUGAUGGCCACUCCAAUACCUUGACUUUGUUGUCCUUAAGCCAUUUUGCCACAACUUUGGAAGUAUGCUUAGGGUCAUUGUCCAUUUGGAAGACCCAUAUGCGACCAAGCUUUAACUUCCUGACUGAUGUCUUGAGAUGUUGCUUCAAUAAAUACACAUAAUAUUCCUACCUCAUGAUGCCAUCUAUUUUGUGAAGUCCCUCCUGCAGCAAAGCACCCCCACAAUAUGAUGCUGCCAUCCCCGUGCUUCACGGUUGGGAUGGUGUUCUUCAGCUUGCAAGCCUCCCCCUUUUUCCUCCAAACAUAACGAUGGUCAUUGUCCAAACAGUUCUAUUUUUGUUUCAUCAGACCAGAGGACAUUUCUCCAAAAAGUACGAUCUUUGUCCCCAUGUGCAGUUGAAAACCGUAGUCUGGCUUUUUAUGGCGGGUUUGAAGCAGUGGCUUCUUCCUUGCUGAGUAGCCUUUCAGGUUAUGUCAACAUAGGACUCGUUUUACUGUGGAUAUAGAUACUUCUGUACCCGUUUCCUCCAGCAACUUCACAAGGUCCUUUGCUGUUGUUCUGGGAUUGAUUUUCACUUUUCGCACCAAAGUACAUUCAUCUCUAGGAGACAGAAUGCAUCUCCUUCCUGAGCGGUAUGACGGCUGCGUGGUCCCAUGUUGUUUAUACUUGCGUACUAUUGUUUGUACAGAUGAAGGUGGUACCUUCAGGCUUUUGGAAAUGUCUCCCAAGGAUGAACCAGACUUGUGGAGGUCUACAAGGUCUUGGCUGAUUUCUUCUGAUUUUCCUAUGAUGUCAAGCAGAGGCACUGAGUUUUAAGGUAGGCCUUGAAAUACAUCCACAAUACACCUCCAAUUGACUCAAAUUAUGUUAAUUAGCCUAUCAAAAGCUUCUAAAGCCAUGAUGUCAUUUUAUGGAAUUUUCCAAACUGUUUAAAGGUCAAUUUAGUGUAUAUAAACUUCUGACCCACUGGAUUUGUGAUACAGUGAAUUAUAAGUGAAAUAAUCUGUCUGUAAACAAUUGUUGGAAAAAUUACUUGUGUCAUGCACAGAGUAGAUGUCCUAACCGACUUGCCAAAACUAUAGUUUGUUAACAAGAAAUUUGUGGAGUGGUUGAAAACGAGUUGUAAUGACUCCAACCUAAGUGUAUGUAAACUUCAGACUUCAACUGUACAUAUUCAUCAUUGCUACCAACACACAAACAGAGAAUGAGUAAGCUAUAUCCCCUCCAAAAAAUUAUGCAGACAAGGGUGAAAUAGAUCGCUAUUUGGUAACAUUAGCUAGCUUACAUUAGGUAACGUCAGUCAAAGAUAGACCGAACAAUCUGUCAAGUGUCAGUUGUGCAGAGGUGAGGACGGAGUCAGGCGCAGGACACAGAACUGAGUAAAAUAAUGUACUUUACUCUGAAAAAUAUAUCAGCCAAAUAAAUCCACACAGGGAUAACAAACCCUAACACAAAAGAAAAGACUAACACAAGACCAGGAACAAUCAUGCACAAAACAAAAAUGAGAACCAGAGGGUUAAAUAGGGAAAUAAUAAUAACGUAAUGGGAUCCAGGUGUGUACAAUCAAGACAUAACAAAUGGAACUUCGACGGAAGUCGUGACAGUACCCCCCCCUUGACGUACGGCUCCAGCUGCGAGCUGACACCGGCCUCGGAGACGACCCGGAAGGAUGAGGCGCAGGCAGAUCUGGAUGGAGACGGUGAAAUUCCUGCAGUAAGGAAGGGUCCAGUAUGUCCUCCACCGGCACCCAGCAUCUCUCCUCCAGACCGUACCCUUCCCACUCCACGAGGUACUGAAGGUCCCUCGCCCGACGCCUAGAGUCCAUGAUGGCUCGCACAGUAUACGCCGGGGCCCCCUCGAUGUCCAGAGGUGGCGGAGGAACCUCCCGCACCUCAGACUGCUGGAGCGGACCAGCCACCACCGGCCUGAGGAGAGACACAUGGAACAAGGGGUUAAUAAGAUAAUCAAGGGGGAGCUGUAACCUAUAACAUACCUUGUUCAGUCUCGUCAGGACUUUACCUGGCCCCACAAACUGCGGACCCAGCUUCCGACAGGGCAGGCGAAGGGGCAGGUUUCGGCUCGAGAGCCAGACCCGGUCUCCCGGUGCAUACACCGGGGCCUCACUGCGGUGGCGGUCGGCGCUCGCCUUCUGUCGCCUGAUGGCCUGUUGCAGGCGUACAUGGGCAGUGUCCCAGGUUUCUUCCGAGUCCCGAAACCACUCAUCCACCGCAGGUGCCUCGAUCUGGCUCUGAUGCCACGGUGCCAGAACCGGCUGAUAACCUAGUACACACUGAAACGGAGACAGGUUAGUGGAGGAGGGAUCCGGAUGAGCCAACACAGGAGCCGAGGUAAACAAAGCCUUCAGGUGACCAAAAGCCCUGUCUGCCCCAGCUGACCACUGCAGUCGCACCGGUCCCCCCUUCAGCAGUGAGGUAAUGGGAGCCGCUACCUGACCAAAGCCCCGGAUAAAACUUGGUAGUAAUUAGUGGCAAUUGAGUUGCCACCAAUGUAAAGGAGACAAAACCUUAACUUUGCUGGAGUAUUUAAACACAUCCUCCUAAGAUGUUUUGAAACAUUUAAUGGUGUGUUGAAACACCACUUAAUCAAGUGUUGUGCAACACCUUGCCAGGGACUGAGAGCACUACUGGAAAUGGUUGAAAAUAGUGUUUUGGUGUUGAAGAUUUCUGUUCAGUGCAGAAUUAGAUCUCUUCUUCUGCAGCAUUUGAAUGUUUAACAUUGAUUUAUGCAUCUGAUCAUUUGCCAGUUUAACCCAUUUUGUCAGGCAUUGUUGAGCAGUGUUCAAUCCACCAGCAGUAACUAGCGGUUUUACAGCAAACAUUGCAGGAUAGUGUAUUUGUCUCUAACAUUAAAAGUUGGAAAUGUGAGAAUGGGUCAUCUCAUCAUAGAAUGUCAUUUUUCCUGUAGGUUUUUAUGUUCGUUCAUCAUGAUCCAUUGUUCAUCAUGAUCCAUUACACCCCAUGGCACAACAACAAGCUGAAUAAAACUCAAACAGAA